GGAGCAGCGGCCUUGGCCCUGCCUUACCCCGUGGUCCUGGGCCUCAGUAAGGGCUACAGGGUGACCACGGAGGUGAGGAAACCAAGGCACAGCCACUGCCACUGGUACCUCGCCCAGCACACUGAGUUUGUGUGGGACACGAUUGGAGAGGUGUGUGGCUUUGUUCCCUGUCACCCCGUGGAGCUGCCCAAGGUCUCUAAGGACAGGAGGGCCCUGAAGUUGAUCAAGAAAAAGGUAAGGACACACAUCCCUGCCAAGAGGAAGACAGAAGAGCUGAGCGGUGUCCCUGCAGCCAUGAGGAAGGCAGCAGCCAAGGACUGAGCCCCAUCCCCUCUGUGUGUAAUAAAACCUGUCCAGAAAUA